GCGCAGGCCGCGCGAGGAUCCCCGUUCGGCGCGCCACUCUUCCCUCGCAGUUCGCAGCACGGGGCGGGCGGUUCGCUCCUGCUCCCCUCGCCUCACCACACCUCCGAACUUCUGCUCGCAGCGCAGCCAUGGGAACCGGCCGCAUCGCGCUCCUUCUCCUCUCCGCGGCCCUGCUCCAGGCGCUCCUCCCCGCGCCGGCGGAGGGCCUGGUGCGGGUCGCGCUGAUGAAGCGGCCGGUCGACGAGAACGGCGGCCUCGCCGGCGAGCGACGCCGUGGCUUCCUCGGCAGCAGCAACGACGCCGCCAGCGCCGCCUCGAAGAAGGCUAAGGCCGCGGCGGAGGGUGACAUCGUGGCGCUGAAGAACUACCUCAACGCGCAGUACUACGGGGAGGUCGGCAUCGGCGCGCCGCCGCAGAAGUUCACCGUCAUCUUCGACACUGGCAGCUCCAACCUCUGGGUGCCCUCCUCCAAGUGCUACUUGUCGAUCGCUUGUUACUUCCACGCGAGGUACAAGGCUGGCCAGUCGAACACCUAUAAGAAGAAUGGAAAACCGGCUUCAAUACACUAUGGUACUGGUGCAAUUUCUGGUUAUUUUAGCCAGGACAGUGUGAAAAUCGGUGAUGUAUUUGUGAAAAAUCAGAGUUUUAUUGAAGCUACAAGGGAGCCAAGUAUUACUUUCAUGGUUGCAAAAUUCGACGGCAUUCUUGGGCUUGGAUUUAAGGAAAUCUCAGUUGGAGAUGCUGUACCUGUCUGGUACAACAUGGUUAAACAAGGUUUCGUUGGUGAUCCUGUUUUCUCAUUCUGGUUCAACCGACAUGCUGAGGAAGGGCAGGGAGGUGAAAUUGUGUUUGGAGGAAUUGAUCCUAGUCACCAUAAGGGAAAUCAUACAUAUGUCCCUGUCACUAGGAAGGGAUACUGGCAGUUUGAUAUGGGCGACGUCCUGAUUGGAGGGAAGUCCACAGGAUUCUGUGCUGCUGGCUGUGCAGCAAUAGCAGAUUCUGGAACUUCGUUGCUUGCUGGUCCGACGGCCAUAAUUACUCAAAUAAAUGAAAAGAUUGGUGCUGCUGGGGUAGUCAGCCAAGAAUGCAAGGCAGUUGUUUCUCAAUAUGGGCAACAGAUCCUAGAUCAGCUGCUAGCAGAGACACAACCGGCAAAAAUAUGCUCUUCAGUUGGUCUAUGUACUUUUGAUGGAACUCAUGGUGUCAGUGCUGGUAUUCGAAGUGUGGUAGAUGAUGAAGUUGGGGAAUCAAAUUGUCUCUUUAGUAAUGCUAUGUGUAAUGCCUGUGAGACAGCUGUUGUAUGGAUGCAGAACCAACUUGCACAGAAUCAAACUCAGGAUCUAGUGUUGCAAUACAUUAAUCAGCUAUGUGAACGGCUUCCUAGCCCUAUGGGAGAAUCAUCUGUGGACUGCAGCAGGCUUGCAUCCAUGCCUGACAUUGCCUUUACCAUUGGGGGCAGAAAGUUUGUGCUCAAACCAGAACAAUAUAUCCUGAAGAUUGGUGAGGGACCUGCUACCCAGUGCAUCAGUGGUUUCACGGCUAUGGACAUUCCUCCUCCUCGUGGACCUAUCUGGAUCUUGGGCGACGUAUUCAUGGGAGCCUACCACACCGUCUUUGACUAUGGCAACUUGAAGGUCGGUUUCGCAGAGGCGGCAUAAGGUCCCCGUGGUGAUCGGACGAACCCUGCAGCAUUUGCUUUUCAGCUCGGGUUUAUGUCCUGCAAGCAUGUAUGCAUAUACUUUUACAUGCUCAAUAAUAUGCUUGUGUGAUCCGAGCAGCAAGCAAAUGUACGAUGGACAUAGUCUCAGUUCUUUUCUCUGAUAUUAAGGAACCAGAGGCACUAAGAAAUCGAGUGAUCAGCAGUCCGUAUGGACUAUAAAACUGAGGAUAUAAGGUAACUAAAGUGAUGAGAAAUGAAGGUAAUAA